GCAGUCUGCGCGAGUCCUCGCGCCUGUGUGGAGGGCAACCCCGUACGCGCGCCCGCCUCGCCCCCGACAUCUGUUUACGUGCCGCUCGACCUCCCCGUCGUCGUCCUCUUCUGGCGUCCGCGUCGUCCUGGUGGCCCCGCAGUUCCCCUUCCCUCUCCAGCGACCCGCGCUCACCCGCGCUCGCCGACGCCGUUGUCCAGCACCGCCGCGCGCAACAAGUCAGCCGACAAGAUGCUGUUCAUCCUGCUGCUCGUCGCACUGGUGAUGCUGCUGUGAGCGGCGACGACAUCAACGGCGUCCUCGCUCGCCAGCACCGACCCCUCCGCGGUGACCCUGCGGGCCGCGGCCACCCACGACGACGACGACGUCCCGCGGCCGCCGCACCCGGAGAUCUAAAGUCGGGAGGCGGACCUGCGCAGCGGUGACGCGAGAAAGUGAGGUUAGGUGCGCGGUGCCCGCAGCAGCAGCAGCAGCGCCAGCCGCCGCCAGCCGCCAGCCGCCCCGCCGGUGAAUGUGGCACAAGCUGCUCUCCUCAUGACACAAAUACGGCGGCGCUGCGCACCGGCCCCGCUCUCCGCCGCGCCGCGCCCGCCCGCCGCCGCAGGUGGUUACCCCGCGGAGCAGCGCGUCCUGCCGCCCCUCCUGGAGUAGCCGCCGCCGCCGCCGUCCAAGUGUCCGGCAGCGGUCCGUAACUCGAGCUUGUCGCCGGCCUGUCACGCCGCCUGUCGACGACGGCCGUCUUCUCCAGCACAUCCCCAGCGUUCCGCGUCAAAGUGGCAGCAGCAGUAGCAACGUCACCGCCGCCGUAGUACGGCGUCGUCGUCGUCGUCGACUCCGUAGUCGCCGACGCCGGGGGACGGACCCGCCCGCGGAGUUGUCCAGGACUCGUCGGCGGCUGUCCAGGAUCACCUGCUCCAGGACGCGCAGCAGGAGGAUGUGCGCGGAACGAUGACGGGCGACACCGUCUCUCUCCUCGGCAGGCCGCAGCGACACUCGACGAGGUACGAUGGCCGCUGGUGCUGCCCCGGGCCGGGGAGGCUGGUGCUGCCGCACGCCCUGCAGCGCGUCGGCGCGCUCGGCCUGCUGCUGGCGUGCUCGCUGUGCCUGCUCCUGCUCGCCGUCUCGCACCGCCUCGUCACCUCCAACGCGCUUGACCGGGCGCCCUUCCUCGCCAUCGGCCGCACCAUACAGAUGGACCUCGACCCCGCCGCCGACGCGGAGGUUGAGGCCUCCACGCUGGACGGCCGCGGCGGCGCGUAUUACGUCGGCGACGUCGGCGACGACGUGCAGGUCGAGGUGGAGGUCCAAGUGAUAGCGGGCCCCGGCGCCGGGGCCGCGCGCCCCGAGCACCGGGGCCACGAAGACACCCCCCUGGGGCCGGCGUUCAAGAGCUGGUCGAGCUCGGAGCUGGAGUCGUGGGGCGGCGCGGGCGGCGCCAACCGCUCCCUGGACAUGGAGGGCGUCAUCAAGCAGCAGCGGCUCGUGGUCGCCGAGGAGAUGGCCGGCUACCGGUACCCCGGCGGCGCGCACAACGUGAGCGCGCGCGCGCUCAGCGACCUGGUGCCCGAGCUGGGCGGCCAGCCCGUGCGCUCCGUCAUCCUGACCACCUGGCGCUCCGGCUCCACCUUCCUCGGCGACGUGCUGCACGCCCACCCGGCCAACUUCUACCACUACGAGCCGCUGCUGCACUACGACAUCGUGCAGGUGCGCGGCGAGCCGCUGGCCCGCGGCGCCAUCGACACCCUCCGCAACCUGUUCCACUGCAACUACACCGGCCUGAAGGAGUACCUGGACUACGGGCCCGAGCACAACUGGCUGUUCUCGCACAACACGCGGCUGUGGGACGCCUGCCAGAGGCGACCAGACCUGUGCUGGCAGCCCCAGUUCCUCACCCCGUUCUGCAGACUCUUCCCAUUCCAGUCCAUGAAGGUGGUGCGCCUCAGGCUGCGACUCAUGGAGGAGCUCCUUGCAGACCCCAGCCUCAACAUCCGCGUUGCCCUCCUGGUGAGGGACCCUCGCGGCACGCUGCAGAGCCGUAAGCACAGGGACUGGUGUCCUGGGCGACCCGACUGCUCAGAGCCCUUGAAAUUGUGCAACGACCUAGUGUCAGACUACAGUGCAGCCGUACGACUGACUAAAUUGUACCCAGGAAGGUUCAGGGCUAUGCGCUAUGAAGAUUUAUCUAUGGAACCAUUCAGCAAAGUUCAAGAGCUAUUCGAUAUGUAUGGCCUCGACUUUCAUCCUGCAGUCCAGGAGUUUCUGGAAACGCACACCAAAGUAGAUGUUGGUGGUGUUUCUUCAACAUAUCGUAAUUCGAAGUCUGCACCUUUUCAUUGGAGACAAGAUCUAAAACAUUCUGAAGUUCGACUAAUUCAGAAUAAAUGCCACCAGGCCAUGAAAUUAUGGGGUUACCUGCCAGCUCUAAAUGCGAACCAUCAAAGAGACUUCAAUCCAAUGGGCAACUUCUCCUUGCAUUGAAAAAUAUUUAUUGAGUCUUGAAAUCUAGUUAUUUGUCUGCAAAAAUGGAACCACCUUUGAUCUGAAUUCCAUGCACAAAUGUGCUGGUAUAGGCUUUGCUUCAGUUUACACUAGUUUCUUCUGUGAAUCAAUACUAAAUGAGAACCUAUUGAUACCUCAUGAGAUUCAGUUUUAAUCAGACAAAUACACUUUCACUGUACAAUAAACUGUGUGAUCUAAUUUUAUAGUAGCCUUAAGGUCUGCUACACCUUUUGUACUAUAAUGCAUAAUUUUGAGUCACAUUUUUUGGCUAUUUUGCCAAUUUAUUGCUGGAAAAGCACCAAAGCUGACUUAAUAUUGUUACAUAAUUUUUAUAGGGCUAGAACUGUUUUAAUGAUUUUUGUUACUGAUUUGUUGUGAUAGGUGCUCAUAGUAAUAUUUAUUUUAUUGAAUACAUUUAAGUUGAAACACUUGGCUCAACUGUGAAACAAAUCAUACUGCUGACUACAAUAACAACGCACAUAACUGUUAUUCGUAUUCCGAACCAACAUGAUGUCUGAUAUUGCGUUUGUUUACAGAUCACGUGCUUUGUUGUUUAUGAGCAAUGCGGAAUUGUUACUUUUGAGAUAAAUCUUCUGUGAUCAUAUUUUGAUAUAAAUAUUUAAUAUUUUAAGAACUACGUACUGUAGUAAUAAAAAUGCACAAAACAAGCAAUUGUGCAAUAUUUUUUGCACAUUGAAUGUUUAUUUAAUAAGCUUGCUUAACCAGGGUCAAACACGCAAUAAAUUUUUGCAACAUUCAAGACUGAGGUUGCAGCUUCAACAUAAAAUGAGUAUGGUGAAACUUGCUGUCAAAAAGUGCAAAUAAGUUAAAUUGUUUAUGGUUGCGCAAAGUUGUACUGUACUUAUUUAGUGAGGAAUUCCAUUUCAGGCCUUCUUUUUAAGGUAUCCUCUGUUUUACCAUAAAAGCAAAUGCUAUCUGAAUACCCUUAUUCUGUAGACAGGGUAUCUUACUGUGUUCUAACUGCAUGUGACCAUACUCAAAUAAACAGAGGGACCAGAACCUUCUUUUUGAUAAAACUUUUGUGGCACAUCAGCAGAAGAAUACAGGGCAUCCUAGUGAACGGUUUCACCACACCAUUUUCAAAUAUUUUUGUACCUUACUAGGAGGGGAGAAAAAGGCACUUUUGUACGUUUCCUUACAAGAAUGCUUGGAAUUAUCCCACUUUUCAAGAAUUUUAAACUUACUCUAGCACUUCAAAAAAAAUUUGAAAUCUGACAGAAGAUUCAGGCUAUUUAUGUUAGUGAUAAUUUUGAUUGUGCAUGACACCUUGUAUCAAGGUGUCUGUAUUACUAUAGCAUGGUGUGCAGUAUCGACACAACUGGCACUCAUUUAUUAAAAAGUAGAAACAAUUUUUUUCAUUCAAUACUGAUUUAUAACUCUUCCCAUUGCUGUAUUCUAUAGUGAUAUGUGAUGAAGAGGAUCAUUUUCAUAUCUUACAUUUUAGUCAUUUGUGUACUGUUUUCAGUAAAUUAUAAUUUAGAUUAAUUAUUUCGUUUACUACUACGACAUUAGUGAAAUAAUAAUUUUAGGCUGUUUAGAAAUGUAGAUUUUUUGUGUGUUUUUUUGUUGAUGUACUUGCCUGUAGAUUUAUGGGAAAAUUUGUUGUUAGGUUUUGUAUCUUCAAUAUUUUUAGAGUACUUUGGCGUUAAUUGAAACAAACGCUCUUCAUUUUAAUACUCAUAUCUUGUCCAUCUUAUCAGUCUUCCGUUUUGGAUAAGAUUACAGAUUACACAAUAGAAGAAAGGGUUAAAUUGUGUUGUAAAAUAUGGCAUGUAGUCAGUAAAAAGUGGCCUUAUCUUGUACUUAAUGAUGUUAUAGGUGUCUUAUUUGUUACAUUGUGCGAGAUUCAGAGGUACUUCCUCUACUUGAACACAAUGUAUGUUUAAACUUAACAUUUCCGGUACAAGCUACUAAUAAGCCUUGCAAUUUUUCUGUACCAUAGUGUUUUGAUAAUAGUUGGUUUGGAAGGCAACUCAAUCUACUCUGCUUCUGCCAAUUAGGAUGAAGUGAUAAAGCAGUUGCAGUCAUGAUGUAACAUCAUUAAGAUAAAGAAUGCAGAAAAUUUGUGAUUUUUUUUCUCAUGUGAUAUCAGUGUGCAACAUCAUCUUUACAGUUUGGUAUGGAAGGGAUAGUUUCCUUGUUGACCAAUAUUUUGAAAUGAAAUGAAGUUUCCUUUACUGUGUGACCAGCUUAGUUCAUAUCAAUUUGUUUGAAAACUCAAAAUUAUUUCACUCUUUUAAAUGCUCUUAAAUGUGAUGGGAUUUUUUUUUUAUAUACAGUGACCAAUUGCUAAUUGUUGAUGUUCAGUUGAGUGACAUUCUGUGUGCCAUGUCACCAAAGUGAAGGAAAGUGCUUAAUACAUAUCAAAAAACAACAAUCACAGA